GGUAUGAUCACUAGUUCAAUUGAUAUCUCUUUUCAUGAUGCAUCCAAAAAUCAUUUCCGUCUACCAUUGGCAAUUGCAAAAGUUUAUUUUGAUGAGACCAAUUUAUCUACGUUCUGUAGUAUUAUGAAAAGUCUCUCUCAAUAUGCUUUUUACACCGUGAUCCAUGUUUCUCAUAAUGACUUUUAUGAUAUUAAACCAGGUGAAAAACUGAUAACAAUUAUCAAUAAUAUCGAUGUGAAAAGCUAUG